CAACGCCUCUGUAUAUAUACAGAAGUUGGGUAUCUUCUACAACUGUUCCUUUUUAUCUUCAAUCUUCUUUCACUGGACGCCUCUCAUAAUUAUCAUACAAUUUUUUUGAAUUUUUUUUUCCGAUUAAUUAUAGAUUUGAAGCAAAAUCAACAAUCAAUCUCGUAAGGACAAACGCUAGGCCAACUCCAAUUUCAUCUUGGAUUGUAAUUUCGUGCCCCCUUUAAUUAUUUGUAUUUUGGGGAAAUUUUUUUUCUUGACCUAACUUGAUCAUAUAUAAUAUGCCCUUUUGAUUAUAUGCAGAUCUAUAUGUAUCUAACUACUUUGUAAUGAUCGUGAAUCUAUAAAGUCACAAUCUUUUUUAUCUAAUGAGAUUCUUUAAUUGUGAAUAUUUGGAAUUUAUUAAAUUAUUCUUAGCAAUUAACAGUAAUAUUAUCUGCUGGGGUUGGGGUUUGGAUUUUCUAUUGGGCUUAAAAAAAUUUCAAUAUCAUCUUUUGUUUGCAAAAUUAAUGGAUCAAUGUAAAAUAUGCUUUACUUGAUUUGCUACAGAAUUUGAUCUUUGAGGGAAUUAUUAACAUGGUAUGUUUUAUUUUUCAUUUUGGGGGUUUUAGAUGGUGGUUUAUGGUUGAAAAUGCGUUCAUAUUUCGGUGUACUUGCUGUUUGUCAGUAAUCUGAUGAAAUCAAAUUAAAUGUUAUCUUGCAUCUGUGCAUAAUGUUUGUUCUGGGCUAUAGUUUUCAUAAAUCCCGGUGAAAAUGAUCCCUAUUAUAACUAUCUAAUUCACUAAGUUACCGUCGUUUUUCAUAAAAUCUACUUCUCAAUCAUCGUUAAUGUGAGUCCUGCCAAACGUUUUCUUUCCUGCUCUGUAUUUUACAAGAACAUCAUACACAUUACCAUCAUUUUUUCAUACUUAACUGCAGGUUUUAGGACUCCUGGCUGAUUGUGGCUAAGAUAUAGACUAGUACUGCAUUGUAUUCAACACUUUAUGCUCAAGAUUUCUAGGACUGUCACCAAUGAAAAUUAAUACUGCUCGUGAAGGUUUAUCAUUAAUUGCACUGUAGAGUGGCACAAGGAUCCUGUAGUAUUUCAUUCAAUAGUACUUACAACGUUGCAAGAAUCAGAAGAACCACUAGAAGAGACUUGGUAUAUUUCUUGUAACACUUUAUAGUGUACGUAGAUGGCUAGUAGGAAACGAAGCAUGUCAAAUGAUGUAGAUAUGCAUGUCCUGUACAAGGAAUUGGAUGGAGCUUCAUGCCCUAUAUGCAUGGAUCAUCCACACAAUGCUGUUCUUCUCCUUUGUAGCUCUCAUGAUAAGGGAUGCCGGUCAUACAUUUGUGAUACAAGUUAUAGGCAUUCAAAUUGUCUGGAUCGUUUCAAAAAACUCAAAGCCGAAAAUAGGGACAAUCCUCCCAUUAUGACACAGGGGAACCUGGAUAUUGCUGUUGAGACACCCGCUGAACACUUGGAGCUGAGAAAUUUAAGUGAUCGUACUGUUGUUCACGGAUAUCACGAUAUACCUGCCAAUGAAGUUGUAGCAACUGGUGCAUUUCCUGGAGGAUCAGAAGAAAAUGGAAAUAGUAACAGAGAUAAUCGCAUGGAGAUGCAGGAAGGUGGUCUACAGACUUCAGAUGCUGUUACUGUAUGGGGAAGUAGUCAUGAAACUGCGAAUGCAGACAACUCAUCUGACUCAAUAUUGAAAUUGAAGUGUCCUAUGUGCCGUGGAGACGUUUUAGGUUGGAAGGUAGUGGAAGAAGCCAGAAAGUAUCUAAAUUUGAAGCAUAGAAGUUGCUCUCGUGAAUCAUGUUCAUUCCUCGGUAACUACAGAGAAUUGCGCCGGCAUGCUAGGAGAGAUCACCCAACAGCACGCCCUGCUGAUAUUGACCCUUCAAGACAGCGAGCUUGGAGACGGCUUGAGAAUCAGAGAGAGUACGAUGACAUUGUCAGUGCUGUUCGCUCUGCCAUGCCUGGUGCAGUUGUGUUUGGAGAUUAUGUGAUUGAGAAUGGCGACAGGCUAUCUGGCGAAAGGGAACGUGGCUCAGGUGCAAACGGAAGAUGGUUGAGUACCUUUUUCUUGUUUCAGAUGAUUGGCUCAAUGGAUCCAAUAUCUGAAGCAAGAGGUGGCAGAUCAAGAGCUUUGUCAAGGCACCGUCGAUCCACUGGACCUCUAUCUAGGCGCCGGUAUCCUUGGGGUGAAAACCUACUUGGUCUACAAGACCACGACAAUAAUGAAGAUGAGGGUGAACCUGAUCUUAACAUAUUGAGUGGUGAUAUGUCUAAUAAUCCAAGAAGGCGCAGGCGGUUGAUGCGGUCUAGGUCAGAUGAAGAUCAGCAGUAAGAUCCUCUAAUUCAUGGGAUUGUAUUAAUGGUCUGUACAGGAGGGGACUGUUUACACUAAGAUCAAUUGGAAGUUUCUUGUGUUCCACUUUGCUACAGAAAGAUAAGAGUGCAAUUCUCAACAAAAUUUAGAAACUUGUGUGUUGGAUAUAAUAAUUUAAAGGGUGAAAACAGGUUGUCCCUGUGAUUGUGGGUGGUAGCUUCAGAAUGUAAAAUUUCCAUUUGGUCUUUGAUUUCCUAACUCUGAAACAUUGUUCAUCUUAUAUUGUAUUUUCAU